AUGGCCACUGAGGUCCACAAUCUGCAGGAGCUCCGGCGAAGUGCCUCGCUGGCCACCAAGGUCUUUAUCCAGAGAGACUACAGCGAUGGGACCAUCUGUCAGUUCCAGACCAAAUUCCCCCCAGAGCUGGACAGCCGGAUCGAGCGGCAGCUCUUUGAGGAGACUGUGAAGACCCUCAACAGCUUCUACGCAGAGGCAGAGAAGAUUGGGGGCAGCUCCUACCUCGAGGGCUGCCUGGCCUGUGCCACGGCCUACUUCAUCUUCCUCUGCAUGGAGACCCACUAUGAGAAGGUCCUCAAGAAGAUCUCCCGAUACAUCCAGGAGCAAAACGAGAAGGUCUUUGCCCCCCGAGGCCUCCUGCUCACAGACCCCGUGGAGCGUGGGAUGAGGGUUAUAUCCUUUCCAGCUAUCGAGAUCUCCAUCUACGAGGACCAGUGCAGCAGUGGCAGCUCUAGCAGUGGCAGUAGCAGUGGCAGCGGCAGCAGCAGCGGCGGGGCGGGUGGCCGGUGACUGGCCGAGAGUCCCUGCAGGGAGGUGUACGACUGGACUGAGGGCCCUGCAGACCUGUGGCGGCUCCGCUACCAGAGCACCCGCUUCUGAGUCGUUCUCUGGGCCCACCCUGCUGCCCAGGGCAGGAGGGAGGGUGACC